GACCAAAGCAGACCGAAUGUUAUACCGUUUGAUAAAGUUAUCUUUUCUCUUUCUAACAACGCAAAUCGCACCUCUAUACGUGCUUCCGUUAAAGAGUUAUUCAAGCUACAACCAACUUCAUUGUCCGAUGAAACGGAGAGUAGCUACAAUCGACAACGAACUUGUACUAUUUGUCGUCGCAAACAAAGGAGAGGAGAACAGUUAGACCAACGGAGAUUACGAGGAUCUACAUGUGUUUUUGGUCCAACUAGCGGGCAAUACUAUCAUGUUGCGUCUGCCAUUGGUAGCGACGAAAUUACAUUUAUUGACUAUAGCAAUUUGAUGGCUAAACAACUUGAAAAAUUAAACAAAUGA